GACCUGCGCCUCUGCCUCCCUCCAGUGAACACCCACUGCCACGCCGACCACAUCACGGGCUCGGGGCUGCUCCGCUCCCUGCUCCCCGGCUGCCAGUCCGUCAUCUCCCGCCGCAGCGGGGCCCAGGCGGACCUGCACAUAGAGGACGGACAGUCCAUCCACUUCGGGCGCUUCGCCUUGGAGAUCCGGGCCAGCCCCGGCCACACCCCGGGCUGUGUCACCUUCGUCCUGAACGAUCACAGCAUGGCCUUCACUGGAGAUGCCCUGCUCAUCCGAGGGUGUGGACGGACGGACUUCCAGCAAGGCUGUGCCAAGACCUUGUACCGCUCAGUCCACGAAAAGAUCUUCACGCUUCCAGGAGACUGUCUGAUCUACCCGGCCCAUGAUUACCAUGGACUCACGGUGUCCACUGUGGAGGAGGAGCGGACUUUGAACCCUCGGCUCACCCUCAGCUGUGAGGAGUUUGUCAAGGUCAUGGACAACCUGAACUUGCCCAAGCCUCAGCAGAUAGACGUUGCUGUUCCAGCUAACAUGCGCUGUGGGGUCCAGACCCCCCCUUCCUGACGUUAUCUCUGUCGGGUGCUCAUAGCCAUUAAAAAUGCACUAGGUGGGGGGAGGGGAGAGGUGCCAGCACUGGAGCUUCUCUCCUCUUCCCCUCCCCCACCUGCCCUCAAACUUCUUA